UAAAGUCAUACAUGUGUAUGACUUUAAGAAGUGCAAGAUAAGGUUUCUGUUUUUAGCACCAGACUCCCAUGAUUAAAAAUAGCGAAGAGGGCGUGUGCGAGCCCUCAAACUCCCCUAACAGACGCUCGAAUCCUUUAGCGCACCAAUAAUGAACUAAAGCGAGAAAACUUUUAUUCCAGACGUUAUAGUACUGACAAUCACACUGUUAAACAACCCAACUCUGAGCAAACAAACUCUAGAUCCUUUACAGCCAUUUUGGCAGCUCCUCAGCGGCGACACGUGUGUCAUGAAAACGCGUUUGCGCUCUCGGCACCGGUGACUCUUCAGUCUUUCAGAGUACAGCACUAGGAAGAGUGCAAAAAAAAAAAAGACGGAUGUAACACAAUGAACCGCGUCGCGAACGACACGACGUAGCGUUGCUGUUUUUGGUUAGAGUCGGAAACGUGCUUUCUUUUUCUUAUGCCUUUAUUGAAGGAAUAAUUCUACUAAGGAUCGGUUCUCACGCGUAAAGGAGCGUGUGUUUCUCAGAAGGAUAUUAAAGGUUACCAAUGGGGUCUCAAGGGCCAGGACGUAAAAGAACCCCCAGCAAAAAUGGGUUGACUGCUGAGGAAGAUGCCCUCAAUGUAAUCGCAAAAGAGGCUGAAGCCCGUUUGGCAGCUAAGAGGGCGGCCCGCACAGAAGCUCGUGAGAUCAGAAUGAGAGACCUGGAGAGACAACAGAAAGAGAUUUAUCAGGUGCAGAAGAAAUAUUAUGGACUGGAUAACCUGGACAACAAAUGGGGGAAUAUUGAGCAGUGGAUGGAGGACAGUGAGCGAUAUACACGUAUCUCACGGAGACAUGCUUCGGUGUCAGAUGAUGAAGAACGGAUGUCAGUGGGGAGCAGGAGCAACAUACAGUUGGAUUUGGAUGCGGCGGGUGCUUACGGCGGGCUUCCCCAGGCCUCCUCCUAUCAGUCACAUAAGAAGUCCAAGAAAAAGAAGAAACAUUCUUCCAAAACCAGCAAUGGCUAUGACGAUGAUCUCAGCACAUUGUCUAGUCGGAGCUCCAGACUCAGUGAUGAGAGCAAAAUGUCUCGCUCCUCUAGAAUUGAUCAGCAGUCGAAUGCCUGCUAUUCAUCUGAGCUGUACAGCAGCAGUAAUUAUUCCUCUAAACAUCAAGCCCCUUCCUACAAUGGCUACCAGGUUGAUGACAGGUUAGAGCGAGACUACUUGGAAAAGGGUUCUUCACUAGCAUCGACUAUUUCUGGAGCCACUCUUACCUCUCUGGGUGGGACAUCCUCACGGAGAGGAAGCGGAGAUACAUCCAUCUCUGCUGACACAGAAGCAUCCAUAAGGGAAAUCAAGGAGAUCCACGAGCUUAAGGAUCAGAUUCAAGAUGUGGAGGCGAAGCACAUGCAGAACCUCAAAGAGCUCAAGGAUUCCCUUUUGGAAAUGGAGGAAAAGUACCGUAAGGCCAUGGUAUCCAAUGCACAGCUGGACAAUGAGAAGACCAAUAUGAUGUAUGAAGUGGACACUUUGAAAGACUCUUUAAUGGAACUGGAGGAGAUGCUCUUUGAAACACGCCGAGAGCUUGAGGAAAAGUGUAAGGACCUUGAACGAGAGAAGCAUGCUCAUAGUAUACUGCAGUUUCAGUUCAAUGAAUUGAAGGAGACAUUGAAACAGAGUGAAGAACUGCUCACUGAGAUCCGUCAAUUACGGCUCAAGCAAGAUGGCUAUUUUAGGGAGAUUUCUGACCUCCAGGAAACUAUUGAGUGGAAGAAUAAAAAAAUUGGGGCAUUAGAGAGGCAGAAGGAAUUUUCUGAUGCCAUUCGAAAUGAGCGGGAUGAGCUUAGAGAUGAGGUUGUUCAGCUCAAAGAUAUUUUGAAGAAACAUGGCAUUGUCCUUGGACCCGACUUGGCCACCAAUGGAGAAACAGGUGAAGAAGUCGGAAAGGCUGAUCAGAAUUCUCAAACAGCAUCAGCUGAAAUCCGAGAGGGGAGUAGCGUACUAGGCACUCAUCAGUUGAAGGUGUGUAAAGACCAGCAACAAAAAGAUUUGGAUGACGGGGUGCCAGGGAAUCAGCAGUUUUCACAUGCCCAGUUCAGUUCUUCAAACACACCUUUAGUAGCAAGUAUGGAGAAUGGAGAACUUGGGGACCAAAUGAUUCAGGGUGUAGAGCAGCUUGAGAAUAGACCUGAAGAACCUCCAAGUUCUGUUGGUGAUGAUGAACUCACUGCAACAAGACCCAAGGAGGAGAUCAAAUCUGAGGCACAUAUACCGGAAGAUUCAAGAGAUGAUACUGUGGAAUUAGGGUGCAAAGUUCACAAGGAUGGACAUUUGGAGACAGAUCAACAAGAGAGAGAAUGCGUCAAACCUAGUCAGGUCAUCAAAGAGGAAACUCCUUCAGAGUCGGUCUCUGGUUCAGUCCAUGAUGAAACUGAUAAACCUGGUGAGACUGUGCUUGAUGAUAAACUCAAAGAGGAACCUGUAGAAUCAUCUCAGACAGAGAAGCUUGCUAAAACCCAAGGUGUAAGUGCUUCAAAUAAAAAGAAGAAAAAGAAGAAGAAAAACAAGCAGAAGCAGAAACAGAGUGACAAGCAAGAGAGUGACAUAAAGAUAGAUGACAAGAAUGAAACAGUUUGUAGUGAAGACAAUCCAAACCAAAAAAUGGAGGGUGAUCUAGAAGGAAACCAUCAGGAUCCCUUAGGGAAUGAUAAAUCUGAAACAACAAUGAAUACAGAUGUCACACAUAAUGCUAAAAGAACCAGUGAAUUGGAUGGUAUCGAAACAACAAGCACAAAUAUAAAUGCUGAUGAUGCUCAAGAUAAAAUGAUGUUAGUUACAGAUGAAGCUGAUUUAGCAGAAAUUUCUAAAACAAUCUCAAAUUUUGAUUGCCCUGAAUCUGGAAAUAGCGUGAUUUCAGAUGAUCUGUCCAACAAUAUUAUCUCUAACCCCACAAACAUAAUUGAUGAACACACUGAGGAUUCAACAAAUCCUGACUCUGAAGCUGUAAUCUUUAGCUGCGAGCUUGUAUCUUCAGAAACAAAGACUUCACUGCCUCAUGAACCUUCUGCUCAGUCCAUGGAUGCUGUUGAAGGGGGUGUUCAGUCCACCAGCAGCUCUGAGAACAUUGAGUUGAAAUCAUUGAAAUCUGCAUCGGAAGACAUCAAGGAAGCGGAGAGUCAUCUGAACUGUGAAGUAGAACAGGAGGAAAAGCUCCUGAAUGUUGAUCUAGAUGGGACCACCAACCCUGAAGAUCAAGAUGGCUCUGCUCAUCCCACUUCCCCUGUAAUGGAGAAGGUGGAAAAUGAAGCUGAAAGGGUAAUCCAGGAACAACCUGUUGACCAGCCAAUGGAAAGCCAACUUCAAGACAGUAUUGGAGCAGAACUGGACCAGGAAGAGGUUGAGACACAAGAUGGACUGGAUAAAGAAAAUCUUAAAGUGCCUACUGAAAUAGUGUUUGAUGGAAGCCAUGUCGACAACACUCCUUUAAUUGAAACCCAGUUUCAGGUUGUGCAUGAGGAUCACCUGUCUGCCAAUGAAGCAAUUCAGGAAACCGUUGAGUCAGAUGCUUCUGACCAAAAACCCAAGGUAGAAAAAGAUGAGGAGGAAAGAUCAAUCCAAAAUCAAGUUACACUUGAAGUGCAACUGCCUGAAGAUGAAGAAGACCUUCUGGUGAAGUCAGAUGUGGCUGCUCAAGAGCUCAAGGAAGGAGAUGAGGAAGAGGAAGAUGACGGAGAAUCAUUUGAUUUUGAUGAAAUGGAUCUUGAAGCAUCAUCAGAUGCCCCUCUAAAAAACUUUCUAGAUCAGCCAAAUGAGGAAGUUACUCUUUUAAAAGAAAAUGUCCAAGAAGCAAGCCAGGAACACCAAAGCAAUGUCACUGAUGAGGACCAAACUCAAGAAGAGGAACAUCUAGAACUUGCAGAUCAGGAAUCAAAGCCAAAGGAGCAGAAACAUGAUGGACAAGACACAGAAAACCCACAAACAACAACAGAUGUAGAAGGAUGUUUAACAGAGGACAGCCAAAUCAACAGUGAAGUCAGACCUAAUGAUCAGCAGCAUGAUAUUACUGGAAUUAAAGAAGACGCAUUUGAGGAGCAUCAAGAUGUGACGCUCAAUGAAGGAGUUAAUCUGAUCUCAGACAUGGAGACAAGAAAUGUAGGCCAAGAGGUCAAUAGUACUAUUCAUCACGAAAAAAAGGCAUCAAAUAUUUCAGGAGAUAAGGACGUUGAGAAGGAAACCGCAGAAAGCAACAGGGAAGAUGAAAGAAAAGAAUCUAAGAAAAGUGGGAAAGGGAAGGGCAAGGGGAAAGAAGAUUGUAAAAUGUCUUAAUAGACAAGGACAUUGCUGAGUUUCUUCUCAGCAUCUUCAGUUUAAGAAGUAAUUUGCACUUAUGUAGGUCCUAAUGAAAUUAUUUUGGGACCAUUACUUUGGAGAACCCUAAAAAACCAAAGUGAUCUUACAGUCAAGCCCAAUUAUCAGUCACUGCAGCUGUUUCAGCAAACGUAUUUUAUACAUGAAUGUUUUACACCUGAAUAACAAUACUGAAUGAACACAGGAAAUUAGUUCAAACAGUAUUUAAAAUCCCAAAACCAAUCACACAUUAAAUGCUAGCAGUAAUGGGUAUAAAGUGUCCUAUUUAUUAUGAAAUUGUACAUGAGCAUGAAUAAAAUGUUUCUCAUAAUAAUAUAUGAGAAAUACGUGUUUCUCUUUUGGAAAUUACCAACUUUCUGUCUGUGCUGCAGUCAUGUUUAGCAGCUUCUUAAUUACAAUCUUUUCAGUUACAAAGGACCCGUAAUAUAUUUGGUUUAAAUGGGUGUUAUGUUGUUUAAAAUUGUGGUAAAUAAAAAAUGUUAUUGUGUGCCAACCCCUAUUAAACAUUCCUCUACAUUUUGACUGGAGCUUUGUUGUUACAUUUUGUUUUUACAAUUAAUUUGUUGGGAGAUAUGAUUGAAAUCAUAUGGAAAUAUUUUAUUCUGUUUGGUGAAGAUACCGUUGGGACAUUGAGACCUAGUGUAUGUUAACUGAACCAUUUAUGUUAAAAUAAAACGUAAGCAAAUAUAUGUUUUACACUAUUGUUUAUUGAUCGUGUUACAGCAGAAAUUUUGUCAUAAUUACAUUUUCCAGCUGACUGGAUAAGUUUUUAUUAUACAAUGAUAGAGGAAAUU